AUGCACGAGAUAUUAUUCAUAGCAAAAAAAUAUUCUCUACUAUCGCCUGACCUAAUACUGAUAUUUUUACAAAUCCGAUUGAAAAACCCGGAGGUGUUACGGUCCAUGGGGCCGAGGACCUCGAUACAAAUCGGUAAAAACUCCAUCGAGGGGAGAGCUCCGUCGUACUUUUUGAUCUUCUCGUCAGAUGCCCUGACACGCAGGAACCGCUGCAACAAGCACGAAAUGUGGUUGGUUGCGAAAAACAGUUCCCUGCUGUCACCUGAUCUGACACUGAUCAUUUUGCCUAUUUCCUUAAGAAAUUUAAGGGUGUUGGGGUCCAUCGGGCCGAGAACCUCGAUGCAUAUUGGCAAGAAUUCCAUCGAGGGGAGGGCAUUCCCAUAUUUUUUCAUUUUCUCGUCCGCUGCCCUGGCCGCGGCCAAACCGCAUUCUUUACUUGUCAGGUUUACGUAUCGUUCGGCGAGGGUGCCAGGGACCGUAACAUCCCACGCCAAACAUCUGCCGGCUCUCCAAGGUAUUAGCGCGCAUUCGUCCGGUCGCCUACCAUCAUGCGCAGAAAUGCCGGAUGGUUCCUUGAGAACCGGGAUUGAAGCCUUGGAGAAGAGCCGACAAAUCAACAACAAUUACAAAUCUCCUGAUGUCAGUGUCAUUAACAACAACAAUAAUAGCAAUAACAACAACAACAACAACAUCAACAACAACAACAAUAAAAACAACAAUAAUAAUAAUAACUCGAGACAUUGCAAUAAACAUAAGACAUCAUUUGCCGUCACUAAUAAACAAACUGUCGGCACCGUCUACAAUUUCAAAAGCAGCAACAACAACAACGACGACAAUAAAAAUAAUAAUAAUAAUAUACCGAUGCAAAAUACGAUUCAUAGAAAAUCUUACCGCAACAAAGAAACGACUUUCUCAAAUUCUCUUAAUUUUACCACUGUCGCUACUACAGCAGCUACUUCUACUGCUACUACUACUACAGCAGCAACGACUUCUACUACAAUUUCUAAAACUAACUCGAAAUUCUCCGCGGAAAUUUCCAAUGAUUGUAAACAAUCCAAAACCCACAUUACUACUACUAAAAUUAACGAUGAUAACAACAACAACAAUAACAACAACAACAGCAGCAACAACAAUAAUAAUAAGAGUAACAGUAACAUUUGCAAUACCAGCUCUGGCCAUAUUACAGAUUACAUUAACAGACGCGAUCACAACAACAAAUGCCUUAUCUAUGACAGCAAUAACAACAACAACAAUAAUCAUAAUAGCGCUAAAUUUGAUGACAACAACAACAAUAACAAUAACAACAACAACAACAAAAGCCUGGGUAGUAUAUGUGAUAAACAGAUUAUUUUUAAAUGCAAACAACGAGAUCAUUACGAUAGCGAUUAUUUAUAUAGCGCUAACCAUUACAACAUCUAUACUAUAUCGAACAGCAGCAACAACAACAACAACAACCUUAGAAACAUCAACAACAACAUCAACAGCAACAUCAACAACAACAAAAACAUCGUUAAAAAACUUCUCUUUAAUAAGACAACGACAGCCGCAACAACAACGACAGCCACAACAUCAGCAGCGUCAGCAGUAGCCACAACAGCCACAACCAAAGUAUCUUAUCUAGCGAAUAUUACAGAUGAUUUACCUGAAAGCUUCAGUGUAAAUGAGGAGAUAGUGAGGAGCAGAAUAGAGAGUAACCUAUCUGGACUCUGUUGCAGAUACGGCAGAUCAUUCGCCAAGAACAUGGAUAUCAUAUCAUUGCUACCAUAUCAUGCAUACCACUACACCCUGGAGACGUUUUGCGAAACGAGACGGGUCACCUGGUGCCACGAACCAUACACUGGACAACCGCACAAUUUAGUUGCAUUUCAUCACCCUCAUCAUCAUCAUCAGCAGCAGCAGCUGCAGCUGCAUCUUUCGUCCAGCCAAUCACAAACCUCCAAAACAUCCGACCCGCCACCCUCACCCUGGCAGCUGGAAUGUUCACCUUCGGAAAUUUUCAAGGACGAAUCUAAAUAUAUUGUCGUUCCUAGAACUACUACUAUUACUCAUUGUUUUAGAUGCACCUCGUCUGGCUGGUACCGCUGCAGAAGCUGUGCUGGUGAUGGCGCCAAAAUGUGCGUGAACUGCUUCGGAUCUGGUCGGUGUGUGGGCACGACGACGGUUGGCAGUGUCAGGUCGGAUUUCUCGGAGCGACACACAGCGGCACGGAUUGGGAGUGAGUCGUGUUGGCACUGCCAUGGGACUGGAAGGAGAAGGUGUUCGAUUUGUUGUGGAAACGGCAAGACAGUUUGUAGAACCUGCUUGGGCACUAGGUACCUGAAAUGUUAUCUCAAAGUUACUGUACAAUACUCAAAUCAGACAACGGAUAGGGUGAUUGAAAAUUACGAACUUCCGGCAGAGCUGGUCAUUAGUUCGGCAGGAAAUGACCUCAUAACAGAGAUGGGCGAGAAGUUGAAACCCAUAAUGAGGUGUGGCCAGCAAAUAUAUGACCUCACGCGUGACGUCAUGCACGAUCAGGUCAAGUUGGCCAGACAUAAAAGGGUACUGGGGCAGGACGCACCGAAUAGUGAUUUCUACCGAAUAGUUGAUCCGCUAUUCGACCGAAGCUCAUGGCCGAAUAGAAAAGAACCCAGAAUUUUGAACAAAAUUCAAUUUCGAUAA